AUGUCAUCUAAACGAACUCAAGAGGAACCUUGGAUGUCAUCUUCUUCAAUACCUACCUUCAUAGAGCCAGAAAACCGAGAUUACGAUGAUCCAUUUAUAGACCCCAAAGACUUACCUUUCCGCAGCAAACAAGAAACCCCGUCCUCCUUAUUACAACUGGAAGAUUCAUACAUAGAUGAUUUUGGAAACUCCUACACCCAUAUCGACUUCAAUAAUAAACUAUACACCUCCAAACUCAAAUUCAAAGGAACCAGAUUAGUGUAUUUCACAUCGGCAUUCGUUAGUUUAUUCGUCAGUUUAUUUGGAUAUGAACAAGGAGUAUGCUCAGGCAUACUCACAUAUGAUACAUUUAAUGGAUAUUUCAACAAUCCUAGUGCUACUGCUAUUGGAGUUUUGAUUUCCGUGUUGGAAAUCGGUGCAAUGAUAAGUUCAUUACUAGUUGCCAAAAUUCUGGAUUCUUGGGGUAGGAAGAGAACUAUAUUGAUCGGAACGGCGAUUUUUAUAUUUGGUGGGACUUUGCAGUCAUUCUGUCCCAAUAUUGUAGUGUUUGCUAUUGGGAGAGUGUUUUCUGGGAUUGGUGUUGGGAUUUUGUCAACAAUCGUGCCUUCAUAUCAAUGCGAGAUUAGUCCGAGUGAAGAAAGAGGGAAAUUGGUUUGUGGGGAAUUUACUGGAAAUGUAGCUGGGUAUGUUUUGAGUGUUUGGACUGAUUAUUUCUGUUAUUUCAUUCAAGAUAUUGGAGAUGCGAGAACUGAGCCGCAUUCUUUCUUUGCUCAAUUGAGUUGGAGAUUGCCGUUAUUUAUUCAAGUCGCUCUAGCAUUUGUGUUAUUCCUUGGAGGGUUUUUUGUUGUUGAAUCUCCUAGAUGGUUAUUGGAUAAUGAUAUGGAUCAACAAGGGUUUCAUGUCCUUGCCUUGUUAUAUGACUCGCAUCCAAAUAGUAAUAAACCCCAGCUGGAAUUCUUUGUUAUUAAGAAUUCAAUAUUACUUGAACGUAAAACCACUCCGAAAUCACAGAGAUCUUGGAAACAUUUAUUUAAGAAUUAUAUUGUUCGUGUUGGUAUUGGAUGCUCAGCGUUAUUUUUUGCCCAAUUCAAUGGAAUUAAUAUCAUUUCAUAUUAUGCUCCCUUGGUAUUUGAACAAGCGGGAUUCAAUAAUGCCAAUGCCCUAUUGAUGACUGGUAUAAACGCAAUUGUCUAUUUAUUAUCCACACUCAUACCUUGGUUCCUAGUUGACAGAUGGGGUCGAAAGCCGAUAUUGAUAACUGGAGGUGCAGCAAUGGGUGUAUGUUUAUUCUUAAUUGCAACUGUCAUGUAUUUAGAUCAAUCAUACACCCCAUCUCUCGUGGCAAUUCUUGUCAUUACCUACAACGCAGGGUUUGGAUAUAGUUGGGGACCAAUUGGAUUCCUUAUUCCACCUGAAGUUUAUCCCUUAUCAGUACGUGCAAAAGGCGUAUCGCUUGCAGUUUCCACCAAUUGGUUAAGUAAUUUCGUUGUUGGGUUAUUGGCACCGAUUUUGAAAGAGGAUAUUGGUUGGAAAAUGUAUUUAUAUCCGGCAGUUUCCUGUAUUAUUAGUAUUUUUGUGGUGAUGAUGUUUUAUCCCGAAACAAAAGGAAUUGAAUUAGAAGAAAUUGAGAUUGUAUUUGAGGAAUUCUAUCUGGAUACCAAUGUCUUACGAAGGAUGAUGACAAGUUUUGGUGGGAAUCAAAGUUACAACAACCGAAAGGCUGGGGAUUACAAUAAAUUAGAAGAGACUGAUGGCGAUUUGAGAGGAAUAGAAUUGGAUCAUAUUGAAGAAGAAACAAGGCGAAUGUUAUAG